AUAUGCAUACCCUCUCAAGCUCAUUGUCUCCAACUCUGUAUUUAACUAAACUUGUGGCCUUUCCUCACACCUUCUUCUUCAUCUUUCCUUUCUAGUUUCCUUCUUCAAUUACCAACAAAAUAUUUACUUUUUUAAAAACACUUCGAUUAUAUUCCCUAAAACCAUGGGAGGAAACUCGCCUUGUGCUUCUUGCAAGUUGCUUCGUCGCCGUUGUGCCAAAGACUGCAUCUUUGCACCUUAUUUCCCUUCCGACGAUCCCCACAAAUUCGCCAUCGUUCACAAGGUUUUUGGUGCUAGCAAUGUCAGCAAAACGUUACAGGAGCUGCCCUUGCAACAAAGGGCUGAUGCGGUGAGUAGCUUGGUGUAUGAAGCAAAUGCAAGGAUUAGGGACCCUGUUUAUGGAUGUGUAGGGGCUAUAUCUUAUUUGCAGAACCAGGUUUCUCAGCUUCAAAUGCAGCUUGCGGUGGCUCAGGCUGAAAUAGUGUGCAUUCAAAUGCAACAAGACCCGAUUAUGGUGGCGGCUAACCCUCAAAUGGUUUUGGGCCAAGCGGAUGAUGAUGACCAAGCUUUUCUUCUCCAAAAUCAGUGCUUUAAUUUUGCUAAUAAUAAUUCUUCUUCUUCUGCCUAUGUAAAUAUUCAUGAGUCUCUCAAAAGGGAGAGCAUCUUUGGAGACAUAGUUUCUUAAUUUAAAAAAUGGGUUUUUUUUUUUUGUUUGCUAAGUGAUGUUUUGUUAUAUUUUUUAGGGUUAAUUUCACUAGACAUCCCCACACCACGAGAUAGAUUCUAAAUUGGGCCUUAAGCUUUCAAAUAUUGAGAUUUUCUAUUAUUUUUAAGAUGUCAAAUCCAAAUUGUUCAUGUAGUAAGCACAUAAUAAGUGUGAGUUCGGCUCGGUUCAAUUAGGUUGAAUUUUUUGAACUAUCUAUAAUAAUUCGGUUCGAUUCAA